AUGAGGCUCUUUCUUUUUCUUUUCCACGUUUUAUCUCCACCUCUUUCAAUUUUCCCAACUCCCAAUACACCACCGCUAUUAUCAUUUGGAAGUCCAAUUUUUGGGGUUUUUCUCUGCUUUUCACCACUCCAUCGAAGGGUUGAAGACGAAGUGAAGAGCGUCUCCUUUUCAACACAAACACAGGAUCAUCUAAUUCUCUACAGAAGAGAGUUGGGAGUUGCUCAAAUAAGGUUGAGUGUCCAUGGUAAAGCAGUCGGGGAGAGAAUUUCUGCCCAAGUUCCAUUAGCAGAAGCUGCUCUUAUCAAUGGAGUUGCCAAGGGUUAUGUAUCAAACAACGGAAUAUCAGAAGCCUAA